UCCAGUUUGGACCGUCCAUUGGAUCAACGCUGGUUGGCAUUCUCAGCGCUAACAUUUUGCUUUACCAGUGAGUGAGUCACCGUUGCAACAAUAACGUGGAGAGAAAAAAUCGCGAUAGCCAAAAAAACAAUCAGUACACAACUGAGUCAUUUUUUGCGCGCGCGCGUUUAUACUCCCUUCCGCCACUCGCUGCUGUGGUCACUUGACUAAGGCCUCAGGCCAGUGCGCAUCACCCCGAAGAGAGCAUUGCUGUUCACUCUGGUCAGUUGAGCUCACGUCGCGGUCUAUCAGAGUGGCACGUGCUUCAGUGUCCCGCAGCCGAAUACGGCUGAUCGUGACUUCGAAAUAGUGUUCUGAAAUAAUUUGCUAUCGCCUGAUCGAGUUUAACUGAAUUGAAAGCGGCCGACCAGUGCAAAAAUCGUAAACCUGAAGGCGAGCAAACUAGCCUCGGAAUUUGCAAGUGUUAAGAUAAGAUAAGAUAAAAUAAGCUGUAUCGCAACGAGAAGCUUAACGUUUGACUGUGAGUUUGUUGUUAGUUAGUGAAACGGUCUGCUCCCGAAAGGGUCAUUAACGUACUCGCGCACGCACGCUACUAAGCUCAAUGACGGUUCUGAGUUCCGGAGAGGGUGGUGUGCCACCACCUCCCCCACCACCGCUAUCGACUCCGACAUCACCCAUUGUGAACGGAUCCGGACCGGAUAAAAACCUGCUGCUCGUGGACAUUCGUAACGGAAUCACCUUGAAGCCGACCAAAACCAAAGAUAAAAGCACACCGGCGUUCAUCAAGAAAUCCAAUGGCGUAAAUAGUUCACCGUCGUCGCCACCUACGCAAACCAAUAACGAUGACAUCACAUUCGCACACGACGACAAGAAGGAUGCCCUCCAGGAGGAACUGCGAAACACUCUCAAGCGAAAGAUCAAGAAACAGGACAUCGAACUGGGUAGCUGUGCCAAGAAAGAUGAAAUCGAAAAAGCGAUGGCCGUCAAUCGGACGGAAAUUCACCUUAAGGUUAACACUUCAGCGGGACCUUCCCCAAAUAUGCUGCGGAAAGACACCGGCCCUGUUGUGAAGAGCCCUCUUCUACAAAGAGCUCCCGUAAACUCUGAUAGCGCAACUAAUGGAAGCGGCAAAGGCUUAGCCGAACCACUCGAGAUAGCGAAAAGCCCUGUCUUGCAAAGGCCACCAGCGAAGCCCGAGAGAACCUUCACUGCACAAGUGGUGAAUAAUGGUCCGACAAACAAUGAAGAUGCUAUUGAUAACAAGUCUGUAGUUAAUAAGUCGACUCAAAAAGAAGCUCCCAAACUGAUGGCUCCGGUAAGCUCCUGUGUUAAACCACUAUCUAAUUCAAAGCUAGUAGAACCAGGCACCCUAAAAAAAGUUCCCCAACAAAGAGAGCUUAAGAUUGACGUCAGCUCAAACGGCACGGAUAAUGGCGUAAAAAACGCAAUCUUAUCACCGGAAGUGAAAAGCGGCUACGCUUCGAUACGACCAUCGCAGAUAAAGACCCUCACCAAAAAGGGUAGUCUGGUAUCACACACCGACAUCGUGGAACAACCGAAGCCAGUCAUCAAAAGUCCCAUCUCGCUGGUAGAGUCCCCGAAACCUUAUCAUUACUCACCCCCUACACCGAAAUGUUCCAGCCCAUCCAGCAGUGGUCAAUCAUCGCCAAGGACCCCUACCCGAACAACCAUACUGGACACAAAGUUCAGUCGCAGCCUUAAGUCCCCGCUUGUGCCCACAGCGAUGGACCCUAUGAAAAAACUACUAAUAUCCCACCCGAAGGCAAGCUUCACCCUACCGCGAACAAACAAACAAACUACCCGGCAGACCAUCCUACCGUCUGACGGCCCAGCGGAAUCGAAGCCCGUCUUCCGGAUUCUAACCGCCCUGGAAAAGGCCGAACAGAGCACUGCCCUUCCAGAGCCUGUCAAAGAAAAGCAACCCCAGCAGCAGCAGCAACAGCGGCCCGCCGUGAAGGCCGAUGCCCCCGGAACGGAACCGGUCCUAACAUCGUACGUCAGUUUCGCCAAAGAUUUGGCGAACGCACCGAACAACUACCCGGACACGGUGACAAAAAAGUCCACCACCACCGUCAAGCAGGAUUUGUUCUACGACAGCAUGAACCUGCGGGACAUCAAAUUCGACAUAGUCGAGAACGGACAGCUGAGGGUUACGAACAAGUAGACGAGGCGGUUUCGUUCACUGGGUGUGAUGAAAAGAGAAGGAUGGCGAGUGAAAAGACAGCUAUUAUAGGGGACGGAAUCGUUCCACGACUUGAUGGUGUAUGUUUUAGUCAUUUUUCCUAUGUAUUUAUCCAGAUGGUAAUGUUUUAUAUGAGAAAUAUAGGUUUUCUU